AUGGAUACCACUCCCCUGAAUGGGAAAACAAUCAGGCUUGGAGCCGUCCAGGCCGAGCCAGUGUGGCAUGACCUCGAUGGAUGUGUUGACAAGACCAUCCGGCUCAUUGAGCAAGCAGCCGCAGAUGGUGUUCAAGUUCUCGGGUUUCCUGAAGUGUGGAUUCCCGGCUACCCAUGGCAGAUGUGGUGCGCUGCGCCGAUAAUUCAAGCGACCUGGGUUCCCCAGUACCAUGCGAAUUCCAUGACCAGGGAUUCGCACCAGAUGAAACGGAUCCUGACCGCCGUCAAGGAAGUCGGAAUCUUCGUUGUUCUCGGAUACAGCGAACGCGACGGAUCUAGCAUUUACAUUGCGCAAGCUUUCAUCUCGCCCGAUGGGGAGAUUGUCCACAAUCGCCGCAAGAUCAAGCCCACCCAUGCAGAGCGCACUAUUUGGGGAGAAGGCCAAGCCGAGUCCCUCAAGACUGUGGUAGAUUCGCCGUUCGGCAAGGUUGGCGGCCUCAACUGCUGGGAGCAUUUGCUUCCUUUGCUGAGGUACAGCGAAUACACGCAAGGGGUCCAGAUCCACGUCUCCAGCUGGCCGUCCUUCUUCGGCAUGCCGGAACCUGAGAAGAUCGCAUGGCUCUACCAUGAGACGGCCGAGGCAAGCAGCCGCAUCAGCCAGAACAUGGCGAUUGAGGGCGCAACUUUUGUCAUCUGCUCCUCGCAAAUCCUGACGGACAAGGGCAUGGAGAAGAAUAGCAUAUUGGCUGGCAAUCCAAUCACGAAACCCGGUGGUGGUUUCUCUCAAAUCUUCGGUGCUGACGGAAAGCCGCUGUGCGAACCGAUCGGAGCUGGCGAAGAAGGAAUCGUCAAAGCCAAUGUUUCUCUCGGCGACAUCGUCAAGGCCAAGACAUUCGUUGAUGUUGCCGGCCACUCUUCUCGACCGGAUCUGCUGAGCCUUCUUGUCAACCCAACAGUCGCUAAGCACGUCACGACCAUGGGCAAAUAA